AUGUUCAGUUAUAUGAAUGCAAUCCACAAGGAUCUUUGGAAAGUUGUAGAAAUUGGGUGUGAAAUUUCGGAUGAAGAUGAAACUCCAACACCGGUUCAAGCAUAUGUGCCACAAAGAAACUUUCAAGCUUUAAACAUCCUACACACAUCCGUGAGCCCCGAAGAGUUUGACAAGAUAGAAGAUGCACCAACAGCCAAAGAUGCUUGGGACACUCUCCAAGUAAAUCAUCAAGGGUCAAGAAAAGUUCGUGAAUCAAGAAUCAAGACCUUGGAAGAUGAAUUGAGCCUAUUCUCCGUGAAGAAAGAUGAAAGUGCCAAAGAGAUGUACAACCGCAUGAAGAAAAUCACAAAUCAAAUCAAAUCUCUUGGUGGUGACAAGUGGGGUGACCGUGAGAUUGUGGACAAGCUCUUGACCAUUUACAUGGCUAGGAUGUCACUUUAUCUAGCUUGA